GAGACAUAAAGUGGUUCAAGAACAUAAACGGUACCAAUUUUUUCAGCAACAGAAGCGCAUUUUGAUAAUCAGUGAUGCUCGGGGCCAACAAAUUGGAAUAUCCAAAGUUUAUAUAACAAAAAUAUGCAGAGCUAUAAACAAUAAAGGAUCAAAAGAAUUUUAUCUAAAAAAGGAAGAAUAAUGGACGUGGAGAAGGGGUCAGAAGAAAAAAAGGAGAAAAGGAAAGACGACAUUCCAUUUACCAAAUUCCAGAUACUUAGAAAUGUAUUUGUUAUUAGUUGUGGAUUUUUACUUAUUUUCAUUCCAUUCCAAUCCAUUACAAAUCUCCAAAGUUCUUUAAAUAAAGAAGAGGGACUCGGAACUGGAGGAUUAUCUAUCAUCUAUGGAGCUCUAAUUAUAUCAUGCAUGUUUUUGCCUUCGUUUGUGAUCAGUCAUCUUGGUUGUAAAUGGACUAUUGCUGCCUCUAUGAUCUGUUAUCUUUUGUAUAUGGCAGCUAAUUUCCAUGCUGUUUGGGGUUCUAUUGUUCCAGCAUCAGUCAUUAUCGGACUAGGAGCUGCGCCAAUGUGGUCUGCUAAGUGUUCUUACUUAACAAGGAUGGCUAUCUGGUAUGCCAAUUUAACUAAUUCAUUUGCACAUCACGUUAUGAGCAGAUUCUUUGGAAUUUUCUUCAUGGUUUAUCAGACAAGCGAAAUUUGGGGAAACAUUAUCUCAUCGCAGGUGUUAAAUGGGCAAGUUGAAGAAAAUUUUACAUUGACCGAAGAUGAACUUAGAAAAUGUGGAGCGAAUUUUGACCCAGGUAUACAAAUAAACAAUACAAAUAUGAACAGACCAGAUAACUCAAAGGUGCACCUAUUAUGUUUGAUUUACAUGGCUAGUGUUACGUUUGGGUUUUUGAUUAUAGUUUUAUUCCUUCAAAACAUACCCAUUAACUGUGGCGACGAGAAGACAAAAGGCAAAUGGUUGCCCAGUUUGAUGAUAGAAACGUUCAAACAUUUAUGGCAGUCUCCAUACCAGAAACUGUUGGUGAUAUUAACUAUGUAUAGCGGAGUUGAGCAGGCAUUCAUUGCUGGAGAUUUUACAAAGUCCUAUAUAAGCUGUACAAUUGGUAUACGGAACGUUGGUUAUGUAAUGAUUUGUUAUGGUAUUGUGAAUGCCAUUUGUUCAUUGAGUUUCGGCAGGCUUAUGAUGUAUGUCGGGCAGAUUCCAUUGUUUGCAUUUGCUUUUAUUGUUCAUGGAGGAACACAAACUGCUUUGCUACUAUGGCAACCGCAACAGGAACCAGUAUACAUAAUAUAUAUAUUUGCCGGUCUAUGGGGGACAGGUGACGCUGUAAUACAGGCUCAAAUAAAUGCGCUAUAUGGGUUUUUGUUUAAAGACAACUUGGAGCCGGCAUUCUCAAACUAUCGCUUAUUUGAAGCUAUUGGUUUUCUGAUUGCCUUUGCCUGGAGCAACUUUCUUAAAACAUAUAUUAAGCUGUACAUCUGUCUUGGAAUUUUGACGAUUGGCAUGGGAAUGUAUGGUAUAGUUGAGAUUUUAGAAAGAACUAAGAAGAAAAAGGUUUUAGAUUGAAUUUAGCAUUGUUUAAGUCCAUCAUAUAAACAAUGAACUAAUAUGACAGCAAAAAAAAUUUCGGAGCAAAUGAAUAAUUAUUAUACUAAUAUCAAAUUAAAACAGAACC